AUGAACGAAGCAGGCAGACCAUUUACACUUAUACAUCAUAAGGAAGAAACACCUAAUAAAAUUGUUCUUCCGAUGCCAACAAGUUGUUUUUCAAACGCAGUAUUGAAAGCAUUCCAUUGCACUGAGGAAUUGUGUCUUUUACAUACCUUAUCUAAAAAGGAUAAACAGAAUUUUAUCUCACAACUCAGUUCACAUAUAUAUAAAGACUAUAAAAAUGAAAUUUUUAACGUUUUUUCGCCAUUCUACAAAACAUUAAAACUUUGUAAUACUGCCGGAAAACAAAAACGAAAAAUCACGCGGUGUCAGAGUUUGAAUACUUAUUCCAGAAUUAAACCACAUACACUGGAAUGGAGACAACGAGGUUAUUCCGAUCCGGUUGUCUCAACUUCAGAAUCAAAAUUAUGUUUCUCAUGCGUUCCGGGAAAUUUGCAAUCUUCAGCGAUGCAUACGUCAGUUGGAUCUGGUUCGUCGGAAACAUCCUCUAACUUGCCAGAUUUCAUGUAUUUUGGAUCAGUAUAUUCUACAGAGCCGAGUUCAUUUUAUGAUACAGUAUCUGAAUCCAUGACUCAGUGGCCGGUGACAACUUCGGAACCGAGUGAGGAUUCUAACCCUUUGCAAACAGAGAAUUCUCCGAAUUGCGUAGACGACAACGCACCAAUUCAUCGGGCACUGAAGGUGAAAUAUGAAUGUCAGAAAAUCAUUGAGAAUCUCUGGAAUGAAUUGGAAUGUCUGGUUCGUAGGCGUACUUCACUACCAACUAAUGAGGUCGAAUUUUGCAGGAUGAGUGUUUAA